CUGAACCACGAAUUCCAGGCGAUCACAUAUAUGACGCUGGUAGGCUACGCCCGUACUUUGGUUCUCUUCAUCUUAUUUGGUCUUUCAAUGGCAUUGCCGUUGUUGUGGUUGGACGCUGACACCAGAGUUCACCAAGAACCACGAAUAGAUUAUCUGCAAGAUGUCGAUCCCCUGACCCUGCUGAAACGAAACAUCGCUAUUGGCCGAGGAGAUGGAUUGAGGCCUGGCAAGUAGUUGAUUGCACAUCUAUCCGUAUUGUACCUAGAACAUCCAACGAAUAUCAAAACGAUACCAGUGUCUUAAAUGGUGUUGUCCAAGGUAAAAUAAACAUUGUGCA